CGUCGGCGUCCCCCUCCUCGUGGUCGCAACGCAAGCGCUCCCACUCAAGCUCCCCAGUGGAAGGCCACCAAGGGCGCGGGAUGCUGGAAAAGGGUGGUCCCUCAAGGGGGCCGCCUGAGACAGGAACAGAAGAGAGGGAGAGAUGACGAAGAGAGGAAGAGGGAGGAGGAGGGCGGAAGGGGACGCGGAGGAGGAAGCAGAAGGAGGGAGGGGGUGGAUGAAAAACGCUCCCUUAACGGGGCCGCCUGCCCGCAGGAUUUGCCUGCGGCACCAGGCUUGUGUCUGAGCCCCAGAGGGCAGAAACGAAAUGGGCAUGCAUGAAGCGCCUCCUUGUGGCGGCGCUCGUAAUUUUCCUCCUCGUCCACCGGCCGCCCUACCCUCCCGCGGCUCCCCGCUGGAGCGCGCCCCCGAGGGAGCCCGCCCGGCCCUACCGCCCCGACAGCCCGGCAGCCGCCGCCGCGGUGCGCACUGGCCGCACGCCCGCCUCCUGGCGCCAGAACCUUGGGCGUUGCACACUGCGGCAACGUCCGACGACGACGGCGACGGCGACGACGACGACGACGACGACGACGGCGGCGGCGGCGACGACGACGUCGACGACGACGGCGACGGCGACG